AUGAAGCUGUCCUCGUCCCUCUUCUUCGUCGCCCAGAUGGCCGGCACCGCUUUUGCUCUGAGCGGCGACGGGGCAAAGUGCCAGCUCAACAUUGAGUGCCUCAGUGGCUACUGCAUGCCUCACACCGGCUCGUCUGAGUACGUUUGCUGGGGCCAGCGCCGCAAGGGAGACUGGUGCAAUGUCAACUACUCCGGAACUGUGUGCAACAACGGUUUGAAGUGUGUCUCUUACCAAGGGAGCUGGUUCCUUGGCAAGUGCACUUAA